GUGUUUGCAUGUCUAUUGACAUUUAUAAGGUAAAAUCAGUUAAUAUAUAACAUGGUUUAUACUUAUCUAUAUAUAACAGAAUAGUAAGAUGUUAAAUUUUCGAAAGAUAACACUAGAUCGUGCAUUGGAGGCGGAACAAUGCGGCUUGAACAGAAAAGUAAUAAAGUUUAAUGAAAAAAAGAUGAAACAGACUGGGUUUUAUUUAUAACACUCAGAUUGUCAAUCGUAAAAAAGCAACUGAAUAUCCCAUGUGACAAUCUUUGGACUAAAUUAAAACUUAAAUUUAUCGGAAUUAUACAAUAUCCUGGAUAUUGCAAGUAGAAUAUAGGCAACUGUGAACACUUCAAUACAUAACGACUUGUAACUAAACUGCGAUAAAUUUUAUGAAAGGCAGCUAUGUCAAAUUUUAGCAGGGACAAACUAUACAUAUGGCAUUCAAAUAUUUGUGUCAUUGUACAGGAAUGUCGGAUUUAUAAUAAAUGAAAGAGGGCCGGUUAGGACCUAGCCAGAUGUAAAGCUCAACUUUAUAUUAUUUCUUUACGAAAAUGACUGUAAUCUCAAUGAUUCCAAAUGAUACGCCGUACUUGCCGCCAAAAGUUAUCGAUGUACCAAAAGAUAUUCUGCGAAACUUCCCGCAUUCCAAGAAAGUUGGGAAUUACCUUCUUGGAAAUACCCUGGGAGAAGGGUCAUUUGCCAAGGUCAAAGAAGCUCUACAUAUACCCACUGGAGAACGGGUUGCUGUCAAAAUCAUUGACAAAAAGAAGAGCCGAGAGGAUUCGUACGUCCGCAAAAAUUUACGACGAGAAGGGAAAAUAUUGCAGAUGAUACGUCAUACAAAUAUUUUACAUUUAUUAGAAAUAAUGGAGACACAAAACAGUUAUUAUCUGGUAACUGAAUUAUGUAGGGGCGGAGAUCUCAUGGACUAUAUUUCUCAAAAGAGAAAACUGCCGGAAAACGAAGUUAAGAAAUACAUCCGCCAGAUAAUUUCCGCAGUGGACUAUUUGCACCGCUUAGGCAUUUUACACAGAGACCUAAAAAUAGAAAAUUUACUUUUGGACGAAUUCAAAGACAUGAAGAUUAUAGAUUUUGGGUUAAGUAACAGCGUGAAGGUCGUAGACACCAAAGACGGACCGAAGGUGCAAGAAUUCUGUGUCACACAGUGCGGAAGCCCGGCCUAUGCUGCACCAGAACUUCUUGGCCGCAAAAAGUACGGUCCUCAAGUUGAUAUAUGGAGCAUCGGUGUGAACAUGUAUGCUAUGCUGACAGGAAACCUACCAUUUACUGUGGAACCGUUCAACAUCAAAGCUCUGCAUAACAAAAUGAUCUCUAGCCAAAUGAACCCGCUUCCAGAGGGUUUAUCUAGAGACUGCCGAGACAUUAUCAAGAAAUUGCUCAAUCCGGAUCCAGAUAGAAGAAUUACAAUGGAUGAAAUAUUAAAACAUCCUUGGGUCGCUGAAGGACCUGGAAUACCUUUGGGCCGAGCCCCAUGUCCAAAUAAAAUGAAAACUGAUACGCUAGACAACAGUAUUCUUAAACACAUGAGUGAAAAUCAGGGGUUUCGAAUUGGUGAAGUUAUCCGAUAUGUCACCGGAAAUGUGCCAAGCAGCGCCACCGCAAUGUACUACCUCAUAUACCGGAAGUUAAUCAAGCAUCUUGGGAAUUUGAGAGCUUCUGGGAAAAUACCGGCGGAUCACAGAAUUUUGCACAGAACACAAUUAUCAAACGACCCAGUAAGAGGUAACCCAAAGUCUUACACAACUCAGCAGAUUUCAAGACAUUUAGUCAAUCACACUUCACAUUCUGUAAAGAAUGCAGUACAAACGCAGCAAAAAACAAGAGAAAAAGAAAUGAAUGGUAACUCGGGUGAUGGUUAUGAUGGCAAAGAUGAUAAUGAUGAUAAUGCCAAAGAUACCGAGGAAGAAAAAUCGGGUUAUCUGAAAUCUUGGAGGAAAAGGAGAAAAAUACUUGUAAAAAAAAAUGAAGAAGUAUUCACGGAUAUUUUGCAAACCAAAGGCACCAAUGGGUACGUAAAGAUACCACGAGCAAGCUCCCCAAUGAAGCCUGUAGCACAUGAUAAAACGCAAGCAACAUAUCUGCCGCAUGUUGCGAACAAGUAUGUGUUAGGUAACCGCCGAGUAACGCCUCCUAAUGUACCCGCACAAUCUCCGGAUAAUAAAAUCGAUCAGAACGUGCUUAAACAUGAUGUAAAGUUGUCCGAUAAUAAACCUGAUCACACUGUAUCAAAACAUAAUGGAAAGUUAUCUGCAACAGAAACAACUGACGCGGCCGAUGAGCAAUUUCGGCCUCGCGCCGCAACAUUCCCCGGUAAAAUUCAGAGACCAGUGACUACAAUCCAGAAACUUAUGAAAGACAGAGGUGAAAUUGAACCCAGUGAUAAAGCAGAUGGGUCGGUAAAAACACGUGUCUAUAGGACAAAAACCGAUCCUACAAACAACUCAAGAAGAGACUAUAUUGAAAAUAGGCCAAGUACUCCGGUAAGCCGGCGCGGGAGCCCGUUCCAGAUGGACGGGGUUCAAUCACCAACACCUAGGCAUACAAGAAACACUCAAAUUUUAUUACAAUAUCGAAAAAAAUCUACUUUUCAACGUCGUAUUGCUAACGUUAACAAAACAAAAGACGGCGAAACAUCCAAAGACUCUAUUCACGAGGAAGAUAUCAGUAUUCCGUCUGGGAAACACGUUUUAUCGCGUCCAUCUAGGACAAACAAGUUUUAUAGAACAUCAGCCGGAAGUCAUACUGCACGAGAAGACACGGUGGUAAACGAACAUGUAACAGAAAUAUCAAAGCCUACCAGUGCAAGGAACGUUCCUGUUAACUUCCGUUCGGCGACACCUGUUCUACCGUCAUUAUCUUUGCAGCAUGAAAAUGGCAAACGAAAUCAAUAGUAACUACCUUUAAAGAUAAAAUAUUGCGUGAUCUGCUUGCAUUAUGCACAGGUUUAAAAUACAUUUAGCAUGAAAAUAUUUUCCGUAAUGAUCAUAGACCUCGUUUCAUUUGCAUAAUUGAAAAGUAAGUCUUUAAACUAAUGUGCACUAUGGCAAAUAAAAUGUAAACAUGCACGUCUAUAAUACAUUAGAAAAAAAUCGGACCUACACCUAACUUAAAACAGGGGAAAGGUAAUUACUCAGUUUGCUUAUCACAUACUUUUAUAACU